GAAGAUAACAGUUUUCGCAAACAUCAACCAGGGCACAAAUAGAACCCUGUCCUAAAUAUAUGUACAAAUUCCUUACAGGUAAUGAGAAUUACAUAGUAAAAUGACUGAAGGGAAAGAUGAAGGUGCCCAACCAGAAGGAUAUGAUUAUAAACGACUUCAUAGUUAUCCAUUAAUAAGGUAUUCUGAUAUGAACGAGGAGAUGAGGGUUGAAGCAAUGGAAUUGUGCGUGACAGCUUGUGAGAAGUUUGCUACAAAUAACGAGGCGGCUGCUAAAAUGAUCAAAGAAAGUUUAGAUAAAAAAUUUGGUUCGUCCUGGCAUUGUGUCGUUGGCGAAGGCUAUGGUUUCGAAAUAACACACGAAGUAAAAAAUUUGAUGUAUUUAUACUUUGGUGGCUCGACAGCUAUCACCUUAUGGAAAUGUUCUUAAAUAUAUAUGUAAAUAAAUGGUUAUAUCUUUUAUAAAUAGUUUCCUAAUAAUACUAAUAUAUUCUUUAAAUUA